ACUUUUCCGAGCUUUUCUUGAAUGUAGCAAUAUUUUCCACCAGUGCCGACUCAUCAGAACUCGUCCAUCACUUCAUUAUAGGCUAAACAACCUCAUUUCACAAGCAACAAUGAAUGUCUCACAUGAAAUAAACUUGCUGGUGGAGGAGAUUCAACGUCUUGGCAGUAAAAAUGCCAGUGGUCAAACCAGCGUGAAGUUUGGAGACUUGUUUAAUGAUGACCGUUGUGCCAACAUCUUUGAGGCAUUGGUGGGCACCCUGAAGGCAGCCAAGAAGAAGAAGGUGAUUGACUUCCAGGGAGAGCUGCUUCUGCAGGGCGUCCAUGACAACGUUGACAUCAUCCUGCUGCAAGAGUGAGAUGCGUCUUUGGAUCAGACUGCCUUCUAGGAGCUGCAGGUCUGGCUGAAUCCUUUCAAAUACUCCUGCAGUGCAUCAGCCUGGCUCUGAGUAUUUUCUGCCAUCCUCUUUCAUUAGCAAAGCUGUGUAUACUGAAGCACACUAACCAAUCAGAUCAGACCUAACAGUACAGUUACAGGCAUAUCUGCAUAUGUUUGAUUUCAAUGUGCCAAAUUUUAUAACCGGUAUUGGUUUUCAUGAGCUUGGCAGGUUUUAGGUGGUCUUAAUCUAAAGCUCCUUUCACACUUACACUGCAGCCCAGAAGUCUUUUAGAUAUUUGCUGGUAGUGAUGCAUCAGUCAAACCAGACUUUUGUAAACUUAACCUUUCCUAAGUAUUAAGUCAACAAUUCUCUCCUGAGAAUUCACAGCAAGCAAAUAUGUUGAUAACAGUCACUUAACAAUCUUUUCUGCAGUCUUGUAUCUUCAUCACAGGAAAAAGUAAGGAGCUUUUUCAACUAUCCUGCGCAACACAGCCAGCCUCCUGGGACCUCUGCACAAAUACCAGUUGUGUGAAAACAGCUUUAGAUUAAAAUCACAAGGAAAUAUUUUUUUUCUUACAGACUGCCAUUUAAUCCACCACAGGUUUAAUUUUGAUGCUUUCAAGACUGCGCAUGCAUGAAUCAGGAAUGUAAUUUUUUAACACGUUGGAUUUUUUUUUAAAAAUGUGGAUCUCAGAUGCCUCUCUUUAAAUGUUAAGUGUUAGGAAAUAUAUAGCAUGACAACUUUAACAUUCAUUUUUACACUUUUAAUUGGAGCUCUUUUUGUGAUAGCUGCAUGAGGCAAGUUUUCCCUUUACACUGUCUAGAAGCCAUUAUGAUCCCAUCACCUAAAUAUCAGGUAUUCUGAUGGGUAUUGCUUAAAAAAAGAGAAAUAUUAGAUGCAGCAAUGGUAGAAAUGACAGUGUGUGUUCACCAUCAGUUUCACCAAAUGAUUGUUCCAUUCACUGUUUACACGAGCCACUUCUGCUACCUCCUGUGGACUUAUAUAGGACCUUAUUUGUGGUUUUUGAAAUCCGAAACGUUUCUUCAGAGUGACUCUGACCACAAACAGUUCAAGUGCAUUUCCAAAAAGGCUCUCAGCUUUUUAUUACUCAUUGCAACGUGCAAAAAGUUGUUUUUAUCCUGACUUUUUAAUGUGUGAUCAUUAAUGAUUUUCUCCUCUAAACAAACUCCAAAAAUUGCCUUUCCUCAUGGAAAUACCUGACGAACAAAUGGUGAAUGUAUUUUUUGUGCAAUUUUUAUCGUUGUGGAAUUACAGGGUGAUUGGUGCAAAUGCAAAACUAGAUUUUUAAUCAUUCUCAGGACCAAAAUCACAGCCAAAAUAUGUUUAUCGACUGUCCUGUGGCUUAAUUUAGUUUACUGUGUUUUAUCAUUAUUACUGUACAUAUGUUUAAUUCUGUACUGUAGGUCUGAUGAAACUCGCAGAUCAGGCAUAACCACAUCUUCAGAUUUCCUAAUAUCAAAACUACUCACUUCUAGGUGACUUCUUUUGUCUUUUUUUGUGCAUAUUAAGUAAUAUAAAAAAUGCACCGAGCCUUAUAUGGUAGCCCAAGCUGACAAAAUGAAUAAAAUAGAUAAAGCAAUGUCUACUAAGUAAUUAAAGUUUUAAAUUAAACAAAAAAGUAAACUAAAUCUUUGUUGAUUCAGUCAGAGAGAAACUUCCUGCUUGAUGAUCUGUGCCUCCUUCCUUGUAGCAAUAGUUGAAAAAUACAUUCCUGUUUUAAUAACAACUUUUAAAAAGCAGCUGGGAAUAAGAAAGUUAUGUGGUGCAUCAUUUUCAGGCUGCAAAUGGAAAACAGAAAAUUUGGAAUAAUCUUGACAUAUUACAAAAAGUGGGUGCACAGUGGAGUGGUGGUUAGCAUGCAUGCAUAUCAACAGUGGUAGACAAUGCACAAAAAUUAGAAUUUUAUCAUGUAGAUUUUCUAAAAGUUUGGAUGUAAGCUAAUUUAUGACUUUUACAAAUACCACACCAUGGACUGCAUUUGAUUUGGUCCAUUUUGUCAGAAUUUUAAUGAAAACAUUUCUUAAAUGAGUUUCUCUGUUAAAAUAUAAAUAGCAACAGGAAAGCAGUUUUAAAGCUUUUAAUGGUUUUAUUUAAUGUUUAUACAUUAUUUGCUUGUGCAAUUUGUUACAUAAUGUAUUUUUAAUUAGGCUAAAUUGGAACACUUUGGGCCACCUUACUUUAAAUGUCAUUGCCGAUGUUUGAAUGAGUGCACCUGAUGGACCAACCAUCCCUAACUUUUAGUUUGAAUGACAUAUGUUCUAAUUGGUAUGUGUAUUACUAAUUUGCAUAAGUAACUUUAUACAAUUUCUAAUUAAAAUGACCCAUGUGUGGACCUCUACACAUUAUUUGCUUCUCAUGAAGCAAAUGAUCUUUCUGAAGCUAAGCCUGGUCCACAAGUUUUAUUAGACACAUUUUACUGCUGUUUUGUCAACCUUACAAAGUAUUGUAUGUUGGCUGUUAAUACUUGAAAUGUGUGACUGUCUGCAUGCAUCAAAAAUGGAUCAAAACGUUGUUGAAAUUAAGUAAAACAGACGGGCUGCAACUGAAGAGUCUUAGAAAUUGUGGAAAUGACGCAGAAAAAUUAGAGCGAGGAAUGAAGAUGUCACAAAUAUCCUGCUGUUACUCUGAAGUGAGUAGUCAGGGGACUUUCUAGUCUGUAUGAGAAUGGUGCCAAUACCUCAAGCCAUGUCUGUGAGCUACUGGGAUGCCUGCAUGAUGUGUUCAAGUGCAUCAUUACUGUAUUUUGUACUGGCAAUAACAUUGCUACAAAAAAGAAAAAAAGGUCUCAUUUAUGGUAGAAUACACUCUGAGGAAUAAAAUCUUUACACUUGAAGCCUUGAAACUCAUUUGUUGUUUGUGCUUUUUAAAAUUUGAAAUCAUGUCUUAAAAUAAAUAAAUAAAUAAAAACCCA